AGAAUUCUAACAUAAAAUCUUUGACCGUAAGAUCAUUUGAACAUAGUUGUAGUAGUAGGUGUAGAAGUUCAUCACCUCGCGUCUAAGUUACACAUAACGUAGUAUAGGUGUCCUGUCAGGAGCUGCUGGAAGUUCAAGAGUUUGGCAUUCAUGGGUACAAUGAAGGUCGCUGUGGUGUUGUUGUGUUUCACUUCGGUAUUUCUCUCAGCUGCUCAGGCAUAUCAGACGAAGAAAGACGCCAAAUUUUGGGAUGACUUCUACGUGAACUUUGGUGAUUGGCAAGUGGGCUAUCCCGGAUCUGGAGAAGACACAGGAAAGGUGGUCGACCUUGCUCUUGACAAUACAACCGGAUCUGGAUUCCGCUCCAAAUACCCAUAUCUAUAUGGCCAUCUUGGAAUGAAGCUAAAGCUUGUUGGCGGAAACUCUGCCGGCACCGUCACUUCAUAUUACCUCGCCUCAGUAUACGAGAAGUGGUGUGAGCUGGACUUCGAGUUUCUAGGCAAUGUGUCUGGCGAGCCGUACAUCUUGCAAACCAAUGUCUUUGCUGAAGGAAAAGGUGACCGCGAGCAACGUAUCUACCUGUGGUUCGACCCUUCCGAGGAUUACCACUACUACGGCAUUCUCUGGAACCAGGACUUAAUUCUGUUUUUGGUCGAUGAUACCGUCGUUAGGGUCUUCCACAACAGCAAGGAUCUAGGUAUCCCGUACUUGGAAUAUCAACCCAUGUACGUCUACUCUAGCAUCUGGAACGGUGAGCAGUGGGCAACUCGCGGAGGCGCAGACAAGACUGACUGGUCCCAGCAGCCAUUCAUCGCAUCCUACAAGGAUUUCGAUGUGGACUCAUGCGCCGUGUUCGGUCAUGGUGAAGAACAUGCAGAUACCCAUGAAUGUUACAAGAAGUUGUACAGCAGCUGGUACGGUGAUGCCGAGUCCGGGAAGCUGACCCAGAAGCAAAUCGAUGACUUGAAGCGAAUUCAGUACAACUACGUCAUCUACGACUACUGCACAGACACGGAGAGGUUCGAGGAAACCCCCAAGGAAUGUGCGAGGAACUGGCCUCAGUAAUCGUGGAAACUCUUCACUUGCUCUGGCAAAUGUUUUAGCCUAGAAUCUAUGAAUACUAGAACAUCAGUGGAAUGCAAUCAUUUAGUGAGAUUUGCGUUGUUCUGCUGAGACUUUCCCUCCGAUGGUCCACACUGCGAGCUUGCUAUGUCAAGCAGAAGAUUCCAUCGGUGUCGUGGAGAGGGCCAUUGGGAGGGGUUUUCUCUCCAUCACCUAAACACACCUGGUUCUGACCUACACCGCAUAGAUUUAUAUAAUUUCAGAAGAUAAUAUUAGGUAGACUGCACCCAUUGUGUAUUGAUUCCUUCAUCCGAAAACAAAGUAAAUGCCCUUUGGGCAGAGUCAGCA